AUGCGCGGUAAGUCCGAUGUGGACGACGAGGCCUUGGGCACUUGUCGACAUCGUAUCGACGUCUGUUUCUUUCGCACAACCGCUUCCGAUUUCGUAACGCUCUGGCGCUGCUUCAUCGUCGUGGCAGAGAUGGGCACUUGCAGCAGUCUUGCAGAUGCAAAUUUCACCGUAAUCUUACUGCCAGGUAUCGUGUACCAGGGCUUGACGGAGACUGGGGGCCUCUGGUCUGUGCGUCCAAAGUAUCUCUGGAUCCGCUCCGAAGUCGAGGUACAUUUCCAGGUCGUCGGCUUCGCCCUGCGCGACUCAUGCAUGUGCGAGCUUCUCCUAGACACAGCAGCAAGGCAAGGCCAAGCCAUAAGUUUUUUCACCUCUGGGACGCGCCGCGCAACGAGAGUUCCAGCAUCUGGAGCAUCUCGGCCUCGCGGGGCCUGGCGAAGCUCCAUCUGCACUACUACGACUCAUGCAACUUCAAACACCACCAUCCGACAGCCUCGUUGA